GGUGGGGCGGGGGGCAAAGGAGACGUCAGCGCGGCCUGGGGAGCCUCGAGCGCAACCACCACAACAACCACCACCACCACCACCAGCAGGGUCACCCACAACUAUCACCACAGUCUCAAUCAUCUCAACCAAUACCACAGUCGCGACAGCCACAGCCUCGACCACUGGAGCCACCGCCGCCGUCGCCGGCGCUGCGCGUCUGUGAGAGGCGCCGCCCCGGAACGUCGCCCCGGGCGAUGCGGCGCUACACGGCGCGGGCUUAACCCCGCGGGGAGCCGGGGGAGCAGGAGGCCCGCCCGGGCACAGCGAUCCCGGCCCCAACUCGCCCGGCCCGGCCCAGGCCUCGGCUCCCAUCCGCGGGCCGCGCGGGCCCCGCGAUGCCGGGAGGGACGCGGCUCGGGGCGGCGCGGCCCGGGCCCCGCUGCUGAGGGAGCCCGGGGCCCGAGGCGCGGGCAGUGGGGACACAGCGACGGGGGUUGAUGUCGACCGAGCGAGCCGAUUGCGGUGAGGUGGCUGGCGAGGUCAUGCUGCGCUUCCUGUGCCCCGGCGAUGUGGACGCCGUGAAGCAGCUGUGCAGCGACUGGUUCCCCAUCGAGUACCCGCACUCGUGGUACCAAGACAUCACAUCGAGCGCACGGUUCUUCUCCCUGGCCGCCACCUACGCCGGCACCAUCAUUGGCAUGAUCGUCGCUGAGAUCAAGCACCGGACUAAGGUGCACCGUGAGGAUGCAGACGUGCUGGCGUCCAGCUUCCCCAGCGACACGCAGGUCACCUACAUCCUCAGCCUGGGCGUCGUCAAGGAGUUCCGCAGCCGGGGAAUCGGCUCACUCUUGCUCGACAGCCUCAUGGCUCACAUCGAGGCGGCAACGCAGGACCGCUGCAAGGCGGUGUACCUGCACGUACUCACCACCAACGCGCCAGCCAUCCGCUUCUACGAGAACCGCAGCUUCCGACAGCACCACUACCUGCCCUGCUACUACUCGAUCCGCGGCGUGCUCAAGGACGGCUUCACUUACGUGCUCUACCUCAACGGGGGGCACCCACCCUGGACAAUCGUAUAUCCUUCCCCGCGCCGGCUCUGCGGAGGGGCGAGGGACGGCGGUGCCGCCGCGGUCCCAGGAAGCUCGGCCAUGCCGGGAUGGCUGUGCCGCGCGGCGGUCCCCGUGGCCCUGUUCCUCGCAGUUUGCUGCGCCCUCCUGGUUGUUCACCGCGGUUACGCGCUGCUGAUUUAAGGUUUCGGAAGGGGUCCAUUGGUCGCUUUGCAUUUGCCCCCAAGGUAAAACUUUUCCUAUAAACUCCUCACUGGUGGCAGGGUGGUGGCAGCGCAGCAGUGGCACUCGUGCCUAACAGCAAGCAGUGCCUGGGGUUUAUUCCCGAUUUGAUACAUUUUCUGCGUGGUGUUUGGAUGUACUGCAGUGUGUGUGUGGCAAGCGGUGGUGCAGUGAUUAGUGUACUGCGCUCCGAAGCGAGCGACCAGUGUUCGAUUCCUGCUCACAACCAAUAACAUCGGUCAACAUUGGAAUGGUUACUGGGUCUUCCUGUGUAGGGUCAACUUGGCCUUAAAUGAGUGCCUGGUACGUAGUGUCAACAUCAGCACUGGGGAGAUAUAUGCCCAGGCAUGGGCCCGGCCACACCACUCCUUGUGCCUUACCGGCCUUUUGAGGGUGCUUUCUUAACUGCACUUGCCCCAGCAGUCUGUUCAAGGCUAUUUGGGGGAUCUUUGUCUUUUUGUGAGUGUGUGCAGUUUGCAUAUUCUCCUCCUGUUCUGCAUGAGUUGGCUCUGGGUUCUCCGGUUUCCUCCCAUAACCAGACCCACACACACAAUGUGUCUCUUGGAGGAGAGACCCUCACUGACUCGUGAUACGUUUGCCCACCUGUCCAUGCUUCUUUGUGCACUUUUAAGCUUUUCGAAAAAAUAUUGGUCAAUGUGCGUAUUCCUGAUCAGAAGACCAGUUAUCUGAUGUGAUCUCUCCACUGCUGAAUGAAUGCCUCCCCAAGCCAAAACUUGCGAUGCAACAAUCCAUCUUGCUCCUACGCUAUGAGUUACGUUCUUUGCUCCAUCUCCGUGGUGAACCUCGCCUUGGAUAUGUUCCCUCGUUUGGCUGCCAUUUUUCGUUGGUGGUCGCCUCAUCCCUUCAGUGACGCGUCCUGCCCAAGCACACUUGUGUUUUUUAUCAGCUGUAUGCUGGCGCUGUUGUGCGUUCUGUGGUCCACGAGUCGCUCCUCCUCCUGUAUUUCGUCAUUUCCAGCACGAACCGCUCCGUGUUUCCGUGCACACCGCAGCUGCUGUUGCCUUUGCAUUGUCCAUUAUUCUGUUCCAUGUCACAUCCGGUACUGCACACCGAUUAAACUCGUUCUUAAUUAGGUACAGUGAUCUGCUGCUGCUUUUCCUUCAGUUUUCCUCAAGCGGUCUUCCACCCCCCUUCACCCCCCCCCCCACCUCACUGUCGUUACACCUCUUCAUUUGAUCGUUUUGAUCAGGAUCGCCUUCAGUAGCCGCUGCUAUUGGAUCACUCGCUCGUUUCUGUGUUCCAGUUGUCUCAGACAUGUCUCCAUUUGUUCAGAGAACUUGCUGUACAUGACCUUUGCUCGUAUUUAUCUAACACUUCUAUAAGUAAGUUCUGCAAUCACCUCUGGUUCUUUUCUGUCGGUUGCUGCUAUGACUCCUCAACAUCAUUUAAGAUGGUAAACAUUUUCUUCAUAGAUAUUUACGUUAUAUUCUCCCCCCUUUACACAAAUUAAACCUCUCAGUGAAUAUAUUGAAGAUGAUAUGGACCUGAAGCUCCCCACGUAGAGAAACUGUGCACAAAAAUGGAGAACAGAAAAAUGUAGGGGCCGACCAACCGCUCUGCUCGUCUUCUCGUUUUCCACCUUCACUUUAUAGAUGACAAAAUAAAGGCCUCUAGCUUGUUACAUUACAGAAGCCUCUCUUUAGCUCUCCAUCCCCACCGAAACCCUCCAUUCUGCUUCACAUUGAUGGUAAGCGAUUCGGAUACAACUAGAGUCAUUUCCUAUACGACAGUUCAGUUGGAAAUAUAAUUCGUCAUAAUUUAGUAGUAUGCCUGAAAGCCCCAAUGAGCAAAGAGGCUCCUGCCAUGGAGUCGAGUGAGGUUUUUCUGUGAGGUGAGGAUGCAUGUCAGAAAGGGAGUCGGAUGGCGACAGCCGCCUUAAUCAGUCUUAACUAGACCCCCCCCUCCCUCAUACACAUCCCAACGAGCUUCGGCCUUUGAAAGCUGCCCUCUGCUUUAACGGUCCUAUAGCCUGAAAGGUCGCCUGUUAUAUAUUUUGAUUUUACAGCCACAGUGUUACUGACACAGAAUGUAUUGUUAAUUCCCUUGAUGUGUUGCUGUGUGCAUGGUGAGACGCAUGGCGGGUGGCGCAACGCUGGCUGUCACAAUCACACAUCUCGGCACUUUCCCGGGUGUAUGUGACCGCUGCCAUGGCGCUCAUUCGUGUGGUUAGUCCUGUGCGCUCCUUGACCACGCUGCACCGACUACAUGCAGUAUGUGGGUUCGGCGCUGGCAAGCCUCCGGCCCUGCUCGCUACCCCAGAGGCUGCUCCGCCAUGCGCAGGGCCUUCUGCGCAGCCUGCUGCCCUGGCGGAGCCUGCCCGACAAGCCUGUCACCGACUACAGCCGCGCCCUGUGACGGAUCUCCAUGCUGAGGCUACCGUUUCCACGGUGGAGCUCUGCACUGCGCCUGAAAAUCAACAACGGCUUGAAUUUCCGGACGUAUGUUUUUUUGAACGCCCUUUUGGAAACAGUCUGGGUUGCGCUCCCCAUCCCCUGGCGGGACGAGUGGAAUUUGAGCCUUCGAGCCCUGGUGCGGGUUUCAACCACGAGACGUCACGAGGCGCGAAGGAGGAGGCAUGUGACGCCAAAACUAGUUGGGAUGUUUAAGACCAGGAGACGAAGGGGACACUGGUGAAUGGGGAUGCCACCCCUUCAAACAUCCUUCACGGGACACUCCACCUUGCCUCACCACCCUGUUUUGCUUCCAAGCCUGACCGUCACCGUGACAAGCGCACAGCUUCACGGUGCUUCCCUACCAGGCAUUCUGGCCGGUGUGCGCACACUUCACCGUGUGUCCCACAUCGGAGCCAGGAGCGUUGUUGAUCGCCGUUGGGACCAUGCUAUGCGUUUUUAGGACAAUGGAGGGAAACGGCUCGAAUGCGUGGAGGAUGCGGGCGACGCUCGCAGCCUCGCCAGCCUCGCGACGCAACGUUUGCCACCCUUGCAUUUAAACCCAGUGUUGGCAGCAGGCAUCUUUCACAAGAUGAAUAAUAUUGGUCGCAAAAGCCAACGUGUUAAGAAGGCAUCUUGCUUGCGAGGACGUUCCCCGUAGGCCAUGGCGUGCAUGUGGCUUGGUAAGCUGUGCGUUAAGUAUUGAAUAUUUGAAUGCCAUGUGAGCACCCUUGCCUGCGGUUACUGCAUGAUCGUUGCAAUAAAUCAUGGCCUGUACAUAUACAAUGCCUGCACAUCCACUUGAACCGAAGUGGUAAUGAUCCGAGUUGUGUUUCCUGGCGUAAUGAUGCUCCAGUCCGCAGCAAGCUCUGGCCUGCAGUGUUCUCUGACCUGAAGCGGGCUCCAGCCUGCAAAAAGAGUUCGGGCCUGCAGUGGGCCCCGACCUGCAGCAAGCUCCGGCCUGUGGCGAGUCCCGACCUGCGGCGGGCCCUGGCCAUCGGCACCUCUGGCCCCUGCACGGGCCUCGGCCUGCAGCCCACUCCGGCCUGCAGCCCGCUCCGGUCUGCAGAGGCCUCUGGCCGUUCAUAGCAGUAGGCACGAACGAUGCGUUUCACCCUGCUCCAGUUUUUACGGCCGGAUCGAUUUUAUGAACGUGUUAUCGUAUUUAUUAACAUAAAGUGCGAAC